AUGAAGCACAAGUGCACUCACCUCAUUGAGGACGUCUGCGUCUCCUCCGUGCACCGUCUCAAGGUCGACGGCUUCUCUGUCACCAAGUCCACGAUCAGGAACAAAAACGACUGCCUCAUCAAAUCCAGAUGCAGGGUCGACAGAGGGAGGGUUAGAGACGAUGUGCAAGCAUCAAGUCAUCUCAUCAAGGGUGGUUCAUUUACUGUGGAAUGCAUGAUCAACGUGCACAGCCGCAGGGACCCGAAUUCGGCUUCUCUGUCGUCGUCUGACCUACAUCAACACCUCGGGAAGCUCUUGGAGAACCAGUCUGGAGUAGACGUCACUUUCGUCGUGUCCGGUGAGUCCAUCUCAGCACACAAGAGCAUACUAGCGGCGAGGUCCCCGAUAUUUAUGGCCGAGUUCUUUGGCAACAUGCUGGAGAGGAGCUCCCAGUGUGUGGAGAUCCAGGACAUGCACCCGACCGUGUUCAAGGCCAUGCUUCACUAUAUCUACACCGAUACAGUGCCUGAGCUUGAUAACAAUGAUAAAAUAAGAAACCAGCUGAGACCGAUGAGGAAACGACAGGCUCAAGACAAUCUGCGAGGAAGGCUCACACUUGACAUCGGCAUUGGCACAGUGGCAUCGACACUGGCUCUAGCAGAGCAGCAUAGCUUCUCCCAGCUCAAGGCUAAGUGCAUCGACUUCAUCAGUGGAGGAUCAAGUAAAAAUCUUAAAGCCGUCUUGGAAACAGAAGGCUACAGGUAUCUGGAGGCCAGCAACCCCUCAUUGUUGACUGAGCUCCUCAAGGCUGCGCAUGGAAAGAAGAGGAAACAAUUUAUGGGUGGAGUCUGUUGA